AUGUUUAGAACAUCUUCACAGGGGUUCAGUGGCUCGCAACAAAAAUCCUUAGGCUUCUUGGAAAAGCACUUGAGCACCUUUCACCAAUUCGCACUUUUACCAACAGAAGUGCGACUGAUGAUCUGGAAAGAGGCUUGCCGGGAUGAGCGUACCGUUACUGUCUUCUCGAGCGAUAGGGUUUUGGACGCGAAGUUCUCUCAAGGUCAUGGCGACUUACGUUUCUAUACUUUUAGAAGUCGCAAUUCAAUUCCAGGGGUCCUUCACGCGAACAGCGAAUCCAGGUUUAUCGGAAAGAAGUUCUACCUGCCCGUCUUCGACACUCGAGCAGAGUUUCCACUUGUCACAACAUUGGGUACUGGAACAGCCGCGUCAAUCUGGAUCAAUCCAUCAACCGAUCUCAUCUGCCCCAUGACAUCUAUGACUGAUGACCAAUGCGACGCUCUGACCAAGAAGAUGCGCGAUGUAAAGGUUGAACAUAUUGCUCUGAAUGAUUGUGCAUUCCAGAGAUCCGCAUCGAUUCCUUGCGACAAAUGGGGCACAUUCUCAACGAUGAUGUCUCCUUUUUGGAUGCACGAGAACAUCAGAGAGGUCACAAUUUAUACCUCACGAUAUCUGGUUCAACCCGAUGAAGACAUCCAAUUAACUAAAUUCGAUCGCAAAGUUGCAUAUCCUCCCAAGGUUAUGAAGUCGAAGAUGGAGAUUGCGCGUCGACAAAACACAUCUUUUGGAAAUCUUCAAAAGAUCUUGAAGCAACAGCUUCUUGAAGAUGGGAAGAACAAGAAGCACGGCCGAGAUUGCGUCAAGCUCGAUGCUUGUCCACAGUGGUUGUUUGACUGCCGUGGAAGGUGGACUAGACCAGAGCAGCGAGAAAUGGUUGCCAAUCCAGUCAAUGCUGUCACGAUUUUUGGGAGAUAG